UGAUAAAUUCAUGAUUCCAGACAAGUUGCUCUCUUGAGCUGUUAGGUCUACGAUGCCUCCACCGUCUUCGCAAAAGGCAGAUAUCGAGCCCCCAGAUGAGAUCACAUCUGAGGCAGUUCGUGGGUUUUUGACCGGUGCUUUUCGGUUUGGCUCCGUCUCUAUCCUCGCCCAUAUGAUCAUGAUACUCCCUCACCCUUUCAAGUUUGCGUCCUCUUCCACAGCAGGCCCUCCACAACACACGCAGGAACAAGCCCAACCACGGCCGUCGCGCUUUUCAAAAGAAUUCAUUCAAUCAAGACUGUUUUACCGCCCCCUGGAAGGCUUUUCCGAGUGGCUCUCCCCCACAGCCCGGAUCUACAGGGGUUUGACACCACAAUUCAAGGUUUUCCUUCAAGUCGCAGCAAUGACACUGGGCGGGUGUGUCUGGGCUGAACACAGGGUUAAUGACUAUAUAAAAACGCUUCGGAAGGUGAAACGCGCAGAGCGGCUGCAAGCACAACGAGAAGCCCGGUAUUUGGAAUAAAAAUAAACUCGACUCUAAAGAUCCAUACCCAAAUUGGGGGUCAAAAUCUCUUCAGCAGCAGCGGAGUCGUCGAGUGAGCUGUAAUUUUGCUGGGCUUGUUUCAUGUUUGCUGGUUCCGAGAUCGAGGCUGACUCGUCGCAAUCCGGAUACCAUCCGCAUUCAGGGGGCAGAGGAUAACACUGUACAUUAUGUUUAUUAUUAUGGUAGUACUACUCCAUGCAGAGUAGUGUUUGUUAACUCUUGCUCUCUGCAAAGAAGCUGUGCUGGAUCUUCGGUAAGUCCGAUAUCUGACUGGUGGUCCGGUCAAAUGGUAAGGAAAUAGCGAGAAACUCAAUCUCAGUCACAGGGCAAUCUCCGAUCCAAGUUGUGGCGCCAUCGCCCAGAUGGAACCGCGAGUUGCCGCUUGUCGCCAAUUUU